AUGCAAAAUGCUCAGAAGCACGAUCGCCGGAAUACUGAGUCGAACAUUCACGACAAUGCCGGCAGACUUUUUGCUCUGUCAAGGCAUAGCCUCAAAUCAGAUAACUCCGCUCACGUCUGUAAAGGCCGUGAGGUAAAUGAAAUGGCGGACUUCUUCAUGAAGUGUCCUCCGCCAGUUAGCCAUGCAACGGCACAAGGUUUAAGCGAUAACGAAAAACGCAGUACAAAUAUAAGACACUCAGCUUUAAGAAUGUUUGGGCGAUACAAAAAGAAAAAGUCAACAGCUUCUGAACCGUUACAACACCUAGAGAGCGCCGUGUCAUCAAAAACACGUAGUGGAUCUAAGCACAUGGCGAUCUCGGUAUCUAAAGAAGAUAAUUUUUGCGCAGUAAAUAGUGAGUGUAAUCUCCCACAGACACUUAUCUCCGAAUGUGGUUCUGUCACUGUCCUCAAGCCGGUAUCGGAGUUUGGAGAAUUGCACCGAUUUUCCCAAGGCCAUCAUAGGGACUCUGCCCAAAGUAGUCGCGCAGAAGAUAGGCAAGAGUUUUCCAUUCACGGACCUCUAAUAGAAGAAUAUCAACCGAAUUAUAAAGUACAACCCAAGCGACGAAGGGAGACUGGUGCAUCAAUAUCUACCGUGCGAUCAAUUAAGUACCCAGUCUGUACUCAGACUAACAAGCGGCAAGACGGUCAUCAAAGCCCUGGUAUGGAUUCAAUUCAUUCAAGGUCGUCUCUUAGUCUUUUAUCUUUGGCUACGUCUAGAACAUGUAACUCACCCGACGCCUCAACAAGCAGGGGUACAAGCCCAGAUUCUUCUUAUUACCCUUACAGCUAUCGAUCACACUCUUCCUUGGAGAGACACGCUCAAACUUCUGAAUUAGUUAGUCCGUACGGGCCAAUUCCAUCUACUCCGAAAAAGGCAGGAGAGGCGCCUUCCGCAUCUCCACUUGUAUUCGGAACGGGUACCGCCAAGCUUGCGCGUAGUUUCUCAGGUGCCGGGGUUGAGAAAGCUCAUAUUGUACGAUGCUCCACGCCCAACCUACUCCCUGGUCCCGCACCUACCUCUAGGCUACCAAACCUCUCAGCAUCUCGUUCAACACUCUCAUUACCAGCACAAUCUUCUAAUGAAAGCUCACAGAUUAUAUCUGAAGUAAAAGAUGUGAAGCGACCAGGCUCACAUAAGGCAUCAACCCUACAUGGCAGACAUCAAAACUUCAAGACUAGAGAAGCUCAAGCCCAAGGACCGUCUAAUCAAUUUCCUGUGAUUAGCCUAAUGUGUGAUUCCUCUACUCAAUGCGUUCAGCAGGAUAUUCAGCCUUCUCCUCAACUAAUCAGUUUAAGCAGUAUAAUAACUGUUGCCGACUUACCACCAGAUGAUGUCUGCUUGAUAAACAAUGCCAGCACUCAUACACGAAAGAAGAGAAGCCGAAAAUGGUCAUCGACGCCUGAUCUAUCAGCCGUCGCUGCACAAAAUGCGCUGAAUGAUCAAAAUAGGAAUUCCGGAAUACAAAUGGAGUGUAGAUUAAACAAGCAUUCUGGAAGCAAUCCUCUAAGACUCAGAGAUGUAAGUACUGGUUCACGUCGACAAGAACGGAGGCCUCGAGCACAGCUUCCAAAAGACCGAGAUCUAGAUUCUCGAAUAUGUAAGAUGGAGCGCGAUAAUGCCACUUUAUUAUCAGCUUUAAAUGGCAUUGUUAGAAAGUUCGGCGAAUUGAACGGCCUCGGGACGACAUUAUCGUUAGAAGAAAAGAAAGACGUGGCUCUAAAAGGUCUGAUGUCAACAGAGUUCACGUGGAGUGUAGAGAAGGCAGAGACGCAAUUUGAAUGA